UUGGUCUCCCUCGCUCCCCGACCAUAUACCGGGUGGUCAGAGCCAUAUCAGCUGUUCACUGUGGGAGAUCCUUCAGAACCGAACGGGGGAAACUGUACAACACAAGUAGCGAGGAAGUUAGACACAUUUAGCGUUCAAACAGAACAAAAAAAAAAUCCAAAUUGUUUUCAAAUCAACUGAAUAUACAGUAGGUUUUUGUUACUGAAUGCGCCUCGACUGAUAUGUUCUGUGAACCAAUAUAAAUCGUAUUCUUUCAGACAUUCAACAGAAACACCCUGCUGCCGUUUUCGAAGAAUACGACCCAUUUGAAACGUCCGUCAUGGAUUUACAAAUGCUGACCGAGAUCCUGGAGUGUCUGCGAGCUCUGAACGGCACGGCUUUGAACGGGACAGCAAACCUGAGCCUUGAAUUUGGCCCCAACAGCAUCUGCGGCGAUGACCCGCUGGCUCCAAAAGCGCCACCCUCGCGUCCUAAAGAGAUGGAUUCGGUUCGGAUCCUGCUAUAUUCCCUCAUCUUCCUGCUCAGCGUUUUUGGCAACCUGUUGAUCAUCGUGGUUUUGGCGGUGAACAAACGCAUGCGGACGGUCACCAACUCCUUCCUUCUCUCGCUGGCACUGAGUGACCUGAUGACGGCGCUGUUCUGCAUGCCCUUCACGCUCAUCCCCAAUCUUCUGGGCGACUUCAUCUUCGGAGCCGCCAUGUGCAAGAUCGUGGCCUACCUCAUGGGGAUCUCAGUCAGCAUAUCAACCUUCAGCCUUAUGGCGAUAGCCAUCGAGAGGUACAGUGCCAUCUGUAACCCUCUGAAGUCCCGCGCUUGGCAGACCCGUUCCCAUGCCUACAGGGUCAUUGCCGUGACCUGGGUCCUGUCCUUCCUCAUCAUGACCCCGUACCCAGUCUUCUCUACGCUCAUCCGCUACACCAAACCCAACAAUCUGACAGGACACAUGUGUCGUCACGACUGGCCAAUGGAACAGGUGAACCAGGCUUGGUGCAUCCUGUUACUCUUUGUUCUUUUUUUCAUUCCCGGGGUGGUGAUGAUCGUUGCCUAUGGCCUUAUAUCCCGCGAGCUGUACCGUGGAAUGCGGUUUGAGAUGGACCAGAGGAAAGUCCAGUGUGUCACGAACAACGGCACCGCUUCCGUGCUCUCCGACGACGGAGACGGGUGCUACAUUCAGGUGUCGAAGCGUCCCAGCUCCAUGGAGAUGUCUGCCAUCACCCUAACCAGCUCUGCCAAGGUGGAGCGUCUGCGCAGUAACACGUCCGAGACCACGCUGAUGGCCAAGAAGCGCGUGAUCCGCAUGCUGAUCGUGGUGGUGACCGUCUUCUUUGUCUGCUGGAUGCCGCUGUACUCCGCCAACACGUGGAAGGCCUUCCACCCGCCCUCUGCCAAGCGUGCCCUCUCCGGCGCCCCUAUCUCCUUCAUCCACCUGCUGUCAUACACGUCAGCCUGCGUCAACCCCGUCAUCUACUGCUUCAUGAACAAGCGCUUCCGCAAGGCGCUGCUGACCACCUUCGCCUGCUGCUGCGGCGGCCCGUGCGCACGCCGCCGGAUCCGGGAGGGCGGCGAGGACGACGCGACAGCCGCCGCCGGCUCCAUGUCCAAGUUCACCUACACCACUGUCAGCACCGUGGGGUCCUGCUGACUCCCUGAGUGGGACAGGUGGACACUGGAUUGGGGACAGCUGACCUCUGCAUGCAUUAGGAGAGGGUGCUGCUGUCUGAGGUACUAGCAACACUAGUAUCAGCAUGUUAAUCAUCACCCUUGAUCACUUAAAUUAUUUAUGAUUGACCAUGUUUCUGCAUAUGUACAUGUAUUCGUCUGGGUUUUUAAAUAUCUAUCAUGAGUUUGUGGCGUGUAUUUGAAAUGCCGAAUUAGUAUUCGUUUUGCUGAUGUUUUCAGUGUGUUCAGUGGGUUAAUAGUUUUUAGUGUUUGACAGUGACGUAUAAGUUAGGGUUCAGAGGUUAAGAGAGAUAUAAUAACGCUUAAGCCUUCAUGACCAGGGAACCAACCCUCUACCCUACACACCCCUAGCCUACGUGUUCCCCACACACUCCGCUGCUGGGAGCAGACAGUAACCUCCACGCCAUGGGCUUGUGAGGUCAGGCUGAACUCAUCCAGGACUGUCACGGAUGUGUGGGCUGACGGAUGACUGCUUCUGGACAUUACAUAUCUUUAAACUGAUUAAAACUAUGCGAGAGCUGCUCCAUCAAAUACAGCUAAGUGCACACGGGGAGGUGGAACUAAAGGAAAACCCUAUUCUUCUCGGCGAAGGUUUCCCCGAAGAUAAGUGGGGAGGCCACUCUCUUUAAUGCUCUAGCCUCGCCAGAAAAGCAAAAUGCAAGAUUAAAUGCCACAGAUCCUAUUCACGGGGACGUCAGCCUCGGGUCUGUGUGGCUCUUCCUCUGCUAUGUAAAAACGAGAUCUUUUAUAUUAGUUUAUUUCUUCUCUUGUCCUGUUUUGUGCUAGCCCGUUCAAUCAUGCCAGCUACUCCUAUGGACCACAUCUAAAACCAUACUGACGGAUCAUUCCAAGCAUCAAU